UCUUUUGUAGUUUAAAUUAAAUUAUUGUGUUUGUGAAGUUUCUAAUAAAUAUAAGAAAUGUCACUAAGUCGUCAACAGUGUAUAAAUUGCAUUUUCUCAAAUUGGUACAAUAGUUUUAAAGAUAUAACCUUUAGAAGCAAAGUUAUUAGGUUACCUCCUGAUUUUAUCGCAUAUUUAAAAAAAGAUGGAGUGGUUUUGCCAAACAUUGAAGAAACACGAUAUGUCAAUGAUUUGGAUGGAUAUUCAGAUAGUGAUAACGAAGACUGGGGUACAAGUGAUCAGGAUCAUACUUUAGCACCAUGUUUCUCACUAAUCAAGAAUAAAGUUGAUAAAGUUAUAGAUUAUUUUGGUGGUAGUGUAUUUCCAAAAUUAAACUGGAGUUCUCCUAAAGAUGCUGUCUGGAUUACAAUGGAUGGCACUUUGAAAUGUUCAAGUUUUAAUGAUAUUUGUUUGCUAUUAAAAAGUUCAGACUUUAUAUCUCAUGACUUGAACGACGCGUAUAGUCAUUGCAUAGAAUCUACUCUCCCUCAUUCAGAUGAUGCUUUUGAGUUGGUUUUACGAGAAUGGGUAGAUCUGAUACCAAGUAUGGAGUUUCGUGUGUUUGUUAAAGAACGAAUCAUUAUUGGUAUUUCACAACGUCAUUCUAGUGGUUACUAUAGUUACUUACACACUCAAAAAGAUAUUCUGCUGCAAGAGAUAAUAAGAUUUUUUAAUUUAAAAAUCAAAUCAAAGUUUUUAGACUCAAAUUUUGUAUUUGACAUUGUUAAACUAGAAAAUGGAUGUUAUAAGCUUUUAGAUUUUAAUCCAUUUGGAGAGGUUACUGAUGGGUUACUAUUUAGUUGGUCAGAAUUACGCAGUUUAAGUCCACAAUCUAUUGAUAAUAGUAAAAUACUUCGUUUGGUCUCAGAAUUAGAAAAUAUUCAACCAAACCCAUAUUUAUCAUAUAGAUUGCCGAAAGAUGUUGUUGAUUUGUCCUGUGGUGAGGAUGUUAGUAAAAUGAUAGAUUUUUUAAAUGUCCAUAGUUUGGUUGCAAAGCCAGGCGAAAACGAAGAACUCAGUGACGAUGAAGAAGAAAAAAGGCUCUGCAAAUCUUCAAAAUUUUGAUUCAAAUGGAAUCAGAAAAGUGAUUUGAGAUUCUAUUCAAAAAAUACCAUUUUGACAUUUUCUUUCUGAAUUUUUAUAAAUUCGAUUUGCAAAAA